UCACAGUAACUAGGGAAUCCUUUACGAAUGAGUAUCAAGGCACCUGCCAAUGAUAUUCAUAGAUCUCUUCUUAUACUCUAGCUCUUAAACUCUCAAGCCUCCAGGUAAAAAUAAGUGCUUUAUAACAUGCACCAUUUCUCUUGAUUUAUAAGAAAUAUCCAUAUAUUCCGUUGUUGAUCGACAAGCCUAAUUUGUCAUCCACGGCUGCCUAAGACUGGAUUAGUGAUAACUUCUUUGGUGGCAUCUGCCUUGAUAUAUAUACGAACUUUCUUACGAGGCCAAACGCGGUAAAUAUGCCUAGUACACACAACAUUACAACUAUCAGCGUCACACGGUAUCACCAAAGAAUCAUGACUUCACCAAUCCAUUUAUCAUCUCCUAGGCGGAUUACUGCGUCCAACCUCCCUCUCUCAGGAUCUAACGCCACAAGCUUGCAUUCUGAGCCCGGUGUAGAAGUCCUCGUGGACACGCUCAAGUCCGAGCCUAUAUUGGGGGGUGCCUUGAUAAGAUCGCGGAUAGCAUCUCAUAACAAGGUGCCCACGAGCAACGAUGGACACGGCAAAUUAGAACUCGAUCAAGUGCCCGGGAUGGGAAUCGUGCUACCAGGAGGGCUUAACGUGUAUUACUUGGACGUUGCCCCCAAUACAGAAGGGGUGAUGCAUCGUACAACCUCUACCGAUUAUCUUGUGGUCAUACAAGGGACUCUAAGUCUUCUAACGCCCCCCAACCCGUUCAACAUCGUAGAUAAGCAAGGCACCUACGGUACGCCUGCUGAGACCUUGUGCAAACCAGGUGACAUCGUGCUUCAGCGCGGAAUCAUGCACGCCCUUUCGAAUCGUACUAGCGAGUGGGUUCGUGUCGUCGGCAUGGUGGUGGCUUCGGAACCUAAUUGUGUUCCGGUGAUGGGGCCGGGCCCCGCGAAUCAGCUGGAUACGACCGUCUUGGGUGACAGAUGGCUUCAAUAAGCCAAUUAAAGGCCUUGGCGCUCGGCAAACCAACAGCAUGGCUGCGGCUGUCGUCUAUUUCUCACUCAGCUCUGGGCCUUUUGA